UGAACCUGUAAGGUUAUUAUACGAUAUUUGAAGUUAGACUUUUUUGAAUUAGAACAUUUAAAAUAACGAGAUGGCAUUACCUGCAAAUUACAAAAAUAUAGCUCUUGGGGUUAUUCCUGGGCCAAACCAACUGCUGGCUGCAGGCCCGCCAUUGGCUUUCAAUAUAUUGAAAGAACGUUUAAGAGCCACAACAUCUUCAAACAACUCUGGUGGGAAAGAAAGUUUAAACCAAUCACCAUUCAUUACAACUCCCCAUGGCAAUCCAGGUUUUCAUCCACAAAAGGUUGGAAAAGCCACUGCAGGUGAAUCACGGACACCAAAGCCUCCAAAGCCACCUGAGAAACCUCUCAUGCCAUAUAUGAGAUAUUCUCGAAAAGUAUGGGACCAGAUAAAAGCACAAAAUCCAGAAUUAAAAUUGUGGGAAAUUGGUAAAAUAAUUGGCCAAAUGUGGAGAGAUUUACCUGAUGAAGAAAAAACAGAAUACGUUGAAGAUUAUGAAGCAGAAAAGUUGGAGUACGAAAAAAGUCUAAAAGCCUAUCAUAACUCUCCUGCUUACUUAGCAUAUAUGGCUGCUAAAGCUCGUGGAAAAUCAGCUCAACAAUCCUCAGAUGAUAGAGAAUCUCAUGAUCGAUCAUCAGGAAGUAGUAAACAAGAUCGGAGAAUUGAUAUUCAACCAGCUGAAGAUGAUGAUGAUCAAGAUGAUGGUUAUUCAGUUAAGCAUGUUGCAUAUGCCCGUUACCUAAGGAAUCACCGUUUGAUUAAUGAAAUUUUUUCUGACUCAAUUGUUCCUGAUGUAAGAUCUGUAGUGACUACCGCAAGAAUGCAGGUUCUUAACCGACAAGUGCAAUCAUUAACCAUGCACCAGAAAAAACUCGAAGCAGAACUUCAGCAGACUGAGGAAAAAUUUGAAGCAAAAAAAAGAAAAUUUGCUGAAUCCAGUGAAGCUUUCCAGGAAGAACUGAAAAAACACUGUCAAAGAGCAGUUGAUGAAGAAACAUAUCAAAAGAUGGUAGAAAAGCAAACUGAAUUAUUAAGAAAAGAACGGAAUCGUGGCACAUUAAUGAACACUGAAGAAACACGGAAGGAAGAAGCGUCAUCCACCAGUGAUGCUGGAAAUGGAAUUAGAGAAGUAGAGCCUGUUUCAGCAACUUCUUCCUCCGGUGCAGAAGAUAGUAUGAACAGUAGUGAGAAUGUGGAAAGUGAACGUGCUGAAUCAUCAAUAGUCAAAGAUGAAUCAUCAGCUAUGCCUAAUGGUUCUGCCGUUGGUAGUGGUUCUUCCAGUGGACAGGCAUUAAAAAGUGAUAUACCGUUGAACAACUCUUCUGUGCCAUAUACAGUACCUCCUAUUUCAUCGGGAUUUCAAACUCAAUAUUCCAGUGGCUAUUCUAAUCAAAGUAAUAUUGUGAUUCAGCAGAACCAAAUGCCUCCACCAUCUCCAUCUCCACAAGCAUAUUAUCCUUCACAACAGUAUUCUGGAGUUUCAAGACACCAGUAUCCUUAUAAUCAGCCUCCAUUUUCCCAAUAUGCAAAUCCACCUGCUCCUCCUUUGCACUCAUAUUAUCCUGGAUAUCAGCAAUAUCCUGGUCAUCAUAUUCAAACACCUCGCCCUCAUCAUUAUAAUGUUCCUCCUCAAGAAAAUACUGUUCAGAGACCAACUGAAGAGGAUAUGGAUCAGUCAAGCAUCGAUGAAAGUACUGAGGAUACUAAUAACUUUGCAGAAGUGGAUCCUAAAAAACUAAAUGAGCGAACACCUGUGGAAAGAGAAUGUGGGCUGUCUAAAGAAAAAAGUUUUCAGACAGUGUAUCCUUAAAAAGUAGAUUGUUCUUAUUUGACCAUCCUGACAUUCAAGCAUAGAUUAGAAUACUGCAGAAGCGUGCUGUGCCGCCUACAUUUAGAUGGAAAUGGAGAUAAUAGUUCAGUUUGAAUUAUACUGAACAUACCUCAAAAUGAUGACAACUAAGCAGUAUUUUGGUGGUGCUAAGAUGCAGUGUUUCAUAUUAUGAUAUUUUCAUAAAUUUAUUUGUAUAAAAUAUUUAUAAAUUUAUGUUAAAUUAGUGUAUUUUUUUUUUUUUUUUGCUUUUAGACUGAAAUGGGGAAGUUAAUUAAUUUUUUAAUUAGUAUAAUUUUUUAACUAAUAUAAUAUGAGAUCUCUCAUCAAUUAUUUUUUCUUUUUAGAUUCUAAAAACUGUAUAUGUUUAUAUUAUCCUGCUUAUAAUAAUUUGUUCCUUUACUUGCAUAGGUUUUUUUUACAAUUGAGUCCUAUUAUCUGUUUUAUAUUAAAAUAAACCUUUUCUCAAUAUGAAAGAAUGGAUGAGUUCAUUCUUUUUUAAAUUAAAUAUGGAUCACUAAUAUGAACAAUAGAAUGAAUCCUUAUUCCUUAUUUCAGUGAAAUUGUAAUUAGUAUAAUGAUACUCUAUUAACACACUUGUUGAUUAUAAAAAUGAAAAAUUAUCAUUAAUUUAAUGAAAGAUAUAUUUUGUGUAUUUCAAUUGAU